AUGGUUCACCGGGUUGCAAAAGGAAUGUGUGGGAACGAAGAAGGGUUUGUGAAGCUUGAAUGGGUGAAGGUGCCUGACACGUCAGUGGCACGUGUGAACAUGAACUUGAACGCAGAAACGUGUAAGGAUAAGUGCUUGAGGAAUUGCUCGUGCAUAGAGUACACAAGUGCAGAUAGCAAGGGUGGAGGGAGGGGUGCCUCACUUGGCAUGGCGAUUUGGUUGACACCAAAUUCAACGAAAAGAAAGAGUUCCAGUAGCAUUAAGGGUACUAAGAGGAUAUUGGUGAUUGUGACUGGAUGUACUCUUUUGGUAGGGUUUCUUUUGGUUAUAUUUCACUUCUGCAAGAGGCAUCCAAAGAUUAGAGGCCAUUGGGGAAAUCAAAGUCACAAAAAAAUGUUAUUGUUCAAUUUGGCCACAACACACAAGGACUAUCCAAAAGAAGAUGGACAUGAUGUGGGAGAAAGGAAUGUCGAUUUGCCAUUUUUUAAUUUAAGGGAUACAAAAUUUACAACAAAUAACUUCUCGGACAAACUUGGGGAAAGUGGUUUUGGUGAAGGUCACGUAUCCAAUGGACAAGAAAUAGCGGUGAAAAGGCUCUCGAAAUGCUCAGGCCAAGGAGUUGAAGUAUUCAGAAAUGAAGUCUUGUUGAUUGCCAGACUUCAACAUAGAAAUUUAGUAAAAGUUUUAGGUUGUUGCAUUGAUGGGGAAAAGACAAUGCUAAUCUACGAAUAUAUGCCUAAUAAAAGCUUGGACUAUUUCAUGGCAAAUCAUACUAGGAAGGCACUACUGGAUUGGAAAAAGCGCUACGAAAUUAUCAUUGGGAAUGCUCGAGGCAUUCUUUACCUUCAUCAAGACUCAAGGUUAAGAAUUAUUCAUAUGGAUUUGAAAGCUAGUAAUAUACUUCUUGAUGGAGAGAUGAACCCCAAAACUUCAGACUUUGGCUUGGCAAGAAUAUUUGGACGAAACCAAACUCAAGAAAAUACAAAUAGGGUAUUUGGGACAUUCGAUUAUAUGUCACCAGAAUAUGCACUAGAUGGUCUCUUCUCAAUGAAAUCAAACAUCUUCAGAUUUGGAGUUUUACUAUUAGAGAUCAUUAGUGGCAAGAAGAAUUUUACUUCUUACAAUGAUGAUCCACUCUCAAAUUUAAUAAAACAUGUGAUUGUAACUUUUCUAACGUGGGACUUGUGGAGUGAAGAUAGAGUUUUAGAGAUAGUUGAUUGUUCAAUGGGCAAUUCUUGGCAAGAGCUUGAAGUUUUAAGAUGUAUCCAAGUUGGGCUCUUAUGUGUUCAAGGUAACGAUGUGGAUAGGCCAACCAUGUUAACAAUUGUUUUCAUGUUAAGCAAUGAAGUAGCUAUUCCUUCUCCAAUUAAAACAACUAGCAUUUGUUGUCAAAGGCCCCAUGUCAAGUACAUGUUCCAAAAACGAGAUGACAAUUACAAUGAUUGGUCCCCGAUAGAAUAUCCAUGUCUAUCUAAAAGCUACUUAUAUCGAUGA